AUGGACAAGGCAACUGCAGUUUGGCUGCUCUUGAUCACCGGAAUCUGCUUUGGAGUGCAGGCACAGCAGACGAAGGAUGCACAACAGACACUGGAUGAGUUUCGUCAGCGAUAUCUGAUGCCAUUGCUCUCUUCGGGCACAAGGAACUGCACCCUGACAGCCUGUGAAUCUCUGAGGAUUAUUUCCCAGCUGCUGCUGCUCAUCAAGGCGUUGCCUAAUGGGACAACGACGGAGCAACCAAAGCCACGCAAGCCGAGCAGCAAUGGAGAGACAAAAACUGGCGACAUGUCUUCUAUGUUCAAUCUUGCCGAGUUCGAUAAGCGAGUGCGACAGAUCGAAAGUCGUCUGAGAUCGGUGGAGCAACCAAUUUGGCAUUUGGCCAGUGGCAGCGAAUUGGAGUGGAAUCAUUGCACUUCGGGUGUGUGUCGCUGCAAUCCGGAUACAAAGAGUUUCGCCUGCUGGAAUACGAAUUUGAAGGCGGUGCCAGUUACACAAGUGAUUCCCAUGAAUAUGGUUUCGAUUGAUUUAUCCCGCAAUUCACUCUCCACACUGCACAAGGAUACGUUUCGAGGAUUAACGCUGCUAAAGCAACUCGAUAUUUCAAACAAUGUGCUGGACUUUUUACCCUUUGAUCUGUUUCAAGAUUUGGACAGUCUGCUGCAGCUUCGAAUUCAGAAUAAUCAUUUGGAGGACAUUGAUGCACGUACUUUCUGGAAGCUGCGCAAUCUCAAUUUGCUUGAUCUGGGCAAGAAUGCUAUAGCUCUGCUGCCCGAAUCGGUUUUCUAUCAUGCCCAGCGUUUGACUGUCAUCAAUUUGUGCGAUAAUCAAAUUGCCACCUUUCCACCGAAUCUGCUCAGGGAUCAGAUGAUGCUCGAGGAACUUGACAUGUCGCGGAACAAGAUCGAGGAACUCAUCUCAGGCAGCAUGCGAUAUCAGACAAAGCUGAAGUCCUUGGACUUUGGUUGGAAUCAAAUAGCCAAGAUCGAGGAUGACUUCUUCGAGGGAUUGAAGAGUCUUCAGGUGCUUAUGCUGCACAACAAUCGCAUCACUUCAAUAUCAGGCACCAUAUUCAACAACUUGGCUAAUUUAGUCACGCUAGAUCUCACUAUGAAUCGCAUAAGUCAUAUUCAUGGUCAGGCGUUUGUUGAGCUCAAGAACCUCAAUGAAUUGUUUCUCGGCCAGAACUCAAUGUCGAGCAUUCCGUCUGAUCUGUUCCUGCAUGUGAGCGCACUCACCCGCUUGACCUUCUUCUCGAACAACCUGACCACACUGGAGGCCAACGACUUUCAGGGACUGACUAACCUUAAAAUCCUUAUGCUCAACAACAACAUACUGAAGCACUUUGACUCGAGGGCAUUUGCACCGCUCACCCAACUGGAGAAACUUCGCAUUGACUCCAACAAGCUGAUGUAUCUGCCACACGGGGCACUCCAUGGCCUGGACAAGUUGGUGGCCGUGAAGCUGGACAAGAAUCCCUGGCAUUGUGAUUGCCGAGCAUUGUAUUUGGCGCGCUGGAUUCGCGAAUUCGUGGUGAAGCUGUGGGACGGUCAGCAGCCGAUGUGUCGAGGACCCGGUGACCUUGGUGGCCAUGAGGUCGGACUGUUGCGGUACGAUGAUCUGUGUGACGGACAGUGGGCGAGCAUGUUGUCGUUGUCGCCGCGGUUACCGCAUAUCUAUAACGCCACCACCGAUGAGGAGCUUAAGGAGGCCGAAAUCACCAGUGUGGCCAUUAAGAAGGUACACGUCGAUUAAAGUAAGACCAAAAACUCCCCCUCAGGUUAGAGUCAUAAAUAAUUUACUGUUGGAAAGUCGCUAUUUAAAAAUUGCCAAUGUGCAUAAUUGUUGUCUAUCUCUAUCUCGCUCGCUCGCGCGCACGCUAGCUGUGCGGCCAUUUUGUAUUAAUAUUGUCGCCGAAUGAACAAAUAGCUCUUCAAAGGAAACUGGCGCCCUCUAUCGUCCCUCCCCAGUCCGCUGUUUGGCAAUGCACACAAAUUACGGACAUGUCUCGCGUGCUUCGGUUUUUAGCCAUGUGUCUGCGCGUCUAGGACACCAGCUUUUUACCUAACCAAUUUAUUGCUUCCGUCGCUAGGUACGCUUCCCCUUCUCCCAUAUUUCCUGCCACCGCCCCCCUUGCUUCUCAUUGUGUCAGUGCACUGCUUGCUAGUUUUUGCCGUUGUCCUUGCAAUUUCCAUGUGUUGACAUUGCCCACAUUCACUUCGCUCUCUCUCUCUCUUCCCCUUUCCACUUCACUCCGUUCCUCUCCCACUCCCACUCACAUUCACUUCACUUUCGGUCGGUGCCGGCUGCUGUCUUUCCUGUUUCUCGUUUCGCCUGUCGCCGCGAUAGUCGCCGACUCUCCGACUCUUCGACUACCGUCUAUCGCCUAUCCCUUCCUGUGUGAAACGGGCAGGAAAAGCGAUGGGUUGAGAUGAAGCGAAAAGAAAGGGAACUACAACAGCAUAUAGUAUAUAGUGGGAGCUCGCAUGCAGACAACAAAUGCAUUUUAUACAAAAUUUGCAAGGCAAAUAUUAAAAAAAUUGAAUGCCGCCAUUGUUGUUUGUGUCACUGUCUCUGCUGUCUGGGGCUUCUUGGAUCGCCCAAGGGGGCUGUGUGUGUGUGUGUGUGUGUGGAACAGUGCUGAUUGCCUUUAAGUGUCUCCCCCAAUAAACUGUCAACCCUUUUUGCCUCAGCCGAUUUUAAGCACCCUACACGCCGCUCCUUGAACUGCUCACUCCACGCUUGCAA